AUCAAUAUCGUCAACAAAAAAGCCGGACUACCCAGUGUUGGACGCUACGAAAACAAUUUUGUUGGCACGAUCUGUUAGUUCACACAAAGAGUCCAAAUAUGGCCUUCGAUUCCAUUCCUAAGGAUUUGCGAGCACUACGGGCAUGUUUAGUUUGUUCUUUAGUAAAGUCCUUCGAUCAGUUCGAAACAGAUGGAUGUGAUAAUUGUGAGGAUUUCCUACGCAUGAAAAACAAUCGCGAACAAGUGUACGAUUGCACCAGUAACAACUUCGAUGGCAUGGUGGCAGUAAUGACUCCGGAAGAUAGCUGGGUUUGCAAAUGGCAACGAAUAAGUCGUUUUACGAGGGGAAUCUACGCCAUCUCUGUAUCCGGGAGACUACCCAACGGUAUUAUCAGAGAAAUGAAGAAUCGUGGAAUACCAUAUAGAACGAGAGACACCAGCCAAAGGUAGAAGGGUUGAGAAAACAUGUCUAUCAAAAGUAAUCAUAGCUUAAGAACUUUUCAAUCAUCUAAAUUUAAAAUAAAGAGACAAUUUGUAAUGGA